AUGUCUGCACCCGCCUUCCCAGCUGGUGGAACGCUGCUGCAGACGUUCAAGCGCUCCUUCGCUGAUGUUCCCAUCGACGCAGAAAAGGAGAAUGCCAUCGCCACCACCGAGUUCCUUGACGCUGCCGAGUCCCUCACCACCAUGUUCGAUGCCCUUGGAUCCGUGGCCUUUUCCCCUGUCAAGUCGGACAUGCUGGGCAACAUCAAGAAAAUCCGUGAGCGCCAGCUCGUUGCCCCUGCCGAAUCCACGACUCUCCAGGAGCUUGUCAUCAACGAGCUCAAGACCAAGAAGCACGUCGCUACUGAGGGACUCGUGUGGCUCGUCCGAGCCCUGGACUUCACGUGUAUUGCACUGAGCCAGAACUUGGCCAAUGAGUCCGAAGAACUCUCUGCCUCGUUCCGAAACGCAUACGGCAACACUCUCAAACCCCACCACGGCUUUCUCGUCAAGCCCGUCUUCUCCGCCGCCAUGAGCGCCUGCCCCUACCGCAAGGACUUCUAUCCCAAGCUGGGAGCCGAUCAGGCCGCCGUUGGUCUCGAGAUGCGCGGCUACCUACACGCUCUCGAGAAGAUCGUUGCCAUAUUGAAGGGUUUCCAGGACCGCAAGGAGGCCAAGUGGUGA